AUGGUUCAACAGCAUAGUGAUAUUACAAAACAACGACUUUAUGACUCUCAACUUGACGUAACAAAAAAUGCGAUGAUUGGACGAACUAAUUCUUCUUCGACUGUGACACAACGAUAUCGAAAACACACUCAAGUUUCAAAUACACAAUUACCAGCUAUACUGAAACGAACAUCAUCAAACACAACAUCAGUAAAACCAACACCAUCCAUUAACACGGCAAGAAGGAUUAAACGAGAAGAUCACACAGCAGAUUCUAAUCUACAAAAUCAUCAGAAUGGGGUAACAAAGUCCACAAUAACUCGAACAACUAUACAGCCAGUCCCUGUUCAUGUUUACAGAAAACAUUCUGUUCAAACGAAUGCCACACCAUUGAUUACAACGUCUAAUAUAGAUCAAGGAAAUUCAACAAGAGAUCGUAUGAUAAGAGCAAAUUUAAAUCAAAAAGCAACAUUUAAAUCAAAAUCACCCAUUAAUCGUUCAGAAAGUACAUUUAGUCGAUCAAUGAUGUCCACUACUUUAGAG